UUCCUACGUAGCCGCUUAAUUUUAGGGCUCGCCUCCGGUCUGUCAGUACAUCGUCGAAGGAAUUGGCGACGGUGAAUCGGCGAGGCGAACACUUACCGGACGCUUUUCAGUUAGCUGUAAGAUCGUUCCGCCUUCUCUGCUCCCAUUUCCCGAUCUUUUCACCUCCCGAUCUCGUUCUCUGUUGCGAUUUGUGGGCGUUGAUGUGAAUCGGACUUUAGGGUUUUUGAUCGGGAUGACUGCGGUCGAUCUGACGCGGGGGGCGAUCGCGGCGGUAUCGGAGGGGCGUGCGGAGGAGGGCGCCAAGCCGGUGGUGCAGGUUUGGGAUUUGAGGCUCGUGAACACCCAACAGAACACGACGGAGAGGUACCGGAUGUUGCUGUCCGAUGGGGCUCAUAUACAGCAGGCCAUGCUCGCGACGCAAAUGAAUGGUCUCGUCAAGUCGGGGACGCUCCAGAAGUACUCCAUCGUCCAGCUCAAUGAGUUCAUCUGCAACGUCAUCCAGAACCGCACAAUCAUCAUUGUCAUCAACCUGGAAGUCCUUAUCAGUAAUAGCAGCGCUAUAGGAGAACCCAAAAUGUAUGAAAAUGGCGCUGCUACACAAAUCCGUGCUCCACUGCCUGGUCAGUCGCUGGGUCCAGAUCAUCCAGUUACAGCUGCAGCUAAUCCCCAAACUCAUGGUAUGCGCUCCUCUACUCCCAUCACCGGGUACAAUGUUUCUGGUGGAGCUUCUUUGCAUCCGAAGACUGAUCCUAUGGCAAAUAGCCCAUCUAUCGGUGCUAAUUAUGGCAGCAGUCCUGUGUUGGGCAGGAAUAUGAGUGGUGGGAAAACUGAUACUGAACACCCAAAAGCUGAACAGGGUAUAGGGCGGUUCUCUGAGUCACAUUCAUAUGGUAGUAACCAGAACCAGAGGUCUGAUCCAACAUCAGCCGGACCAUUUCGUCCCCCUGCCAGUUCUUAUGGGCGUCCUCCUCCUCAGCAGCCCCCGCCAAUGUACUCAAAUAGGGGGCCUAUAGCCAGAAAUGAAGCUCCUGCUCGAAUUAUCCCAAUUGCUGCUUUGAAUCCUUACCAGGGUAGAUGGACAAUUAAGGCAAGAGUGACAGCCAAGGGUGACCUUAGGCGCUAUAAUAAUCCUAGAGGAGAAGGAAAAGUCUUCUCGUUUGAUCUGCUGGAUUCUGACGGUGGAGAAGUACGUUGCACUUGCUUUAAUGCCGUAGCUGAUCAGUUCUAUGAUCAGAUUGAGGUUGGGAAAGUUUACCUGAUUUCUAAAGGUAGUUUGAAGCCUGCACAGAAGAACUUUAAUCAUCUGAACAAUGAAUAUGAAAUCUUUAUAGAAUCUCAAUCAGUUAUUCAGCCUUGUUUAGAGGAAGAUUCUACCAUUCCAAAGCAACAGUUCAACUUUCGUCCGAUAAAUGAAAUUGAAGGCUUGGAAAACAAUUCAACGAUCGAUAUCAUUGGCAUUGUGACUUCAAUUAAUCCUUUGGUUUCCAUUAUGAGGAAAAAUGGCACAGAAACUAAUAAGCAAACUCUUCAGUUGAAGGACAUGUCUGGCCGUAGUGUUGAGGUGACUUUGUGGGGAAAUUUUUGUAGCACGGAGGGUAAGCAGCUGCAAAGUAUGUGUGACUCUGGUGUGAAUCCUAUAUUGGCGAUUAAAGCUGGUCGAGUUAGUGAUUUUAGUGGAAAGUCUAUUAAUACUAUUAAUUCAAGUCAACUGUUCAUAAAUCCUGAUUUUACGGAGGCUCAUAGAUUGAGAGAAUGGUAUAAUAGAGAAGGUAAGACUAUGACUGCUCCGUCAAUAUCUAGAGACACGGCCACCAUGGGUAGAACUGAUGUUCGGAAGACAGUUGCACAGAUCAAGGACGAGGGAUUGGGAAGAUCGGAAAAACCUGACUGGAUAACAGUUAAGGCAACAGUUACAUUCAUAAAAGUCGAUAAUUUCUGCUAUACGGCAUGUCCAUUACUGGUAGGGGACAGGCCAUGCAAUAAAAAGGUUAACAACAACGGCGAUGGCAAAUGGCACUGUGAUCGCUGCGACCAGAGCUUUCCUGAGUGUGACUAUAGGUACCUGCUCCAGUUUCAGAUCCAGGACCAUACAGGUAUGACAUGGGUUACAGCUUUCCAAGAAUGUGGGGAGGAGAUUUUGGGAGUCACUGCCAAGGAACUUUACUUGUUGAAAUACGAGGAACAAGAUGACUUGAAGUUUGCAGAAAUUAUUCGAACAGUGAUCUUCCAUCAAUACGUAUUCAAGUUGAAAGUGAAAGAGGAGACAUUCAGUGAUGAACAACGUGUGAAAUCAACUGUUGUCAAAGCUGAAAGAGUAAAUCCAUCCUCUGAGAGCAGGUACCUUUUGGGUCUGAUUGAGAGGCUCUCAACUGAAGACCCCAAUGCAUCCACAGCGGUACCUGGAACUUUUGCUCCAACCUCUGGAAUUCCCAACUCUUCAUAUGACCCUGUAGAGUUGAAUUGUAAUAUCUAUUCUGCUAACAAUAACUAUAGCGCCUUUCACAAUGCUGAUGGAUAUAGAACUGGAGCACCAACAAAUCAAUCAGUGCAGUAUGCAAAUGACUAUGGUGGAACCAUUAAGCAAAGUUUCAGCCGAAACGAAGCUCAACUACAAUGCAACAACUGUGGUGGCCAAGGCCACAGUUUCCAGAAUUGUCCAAUCAGCACAAGUCGGCCAGCCCAAUCGGUCGGUGGUGGAUACUCUAGUGCUGGCGCAAAUGUUUGCUUCAAGUGCCAUCAACCUGGGCACUGGGCGAGUGAAUGUCCCGGUGUAGGAGCUGUUACAUCAGCAUAUAGGGGUUCUGGCACAUCAGGAAGAUUCACCAGGCAAAAUAUAGGUGGCUUCUGAAACUUGACUUCAUACUUUUCCUCGCAAUUAGUAAUAUUCUGGUGAUCUAUCAGCUUUCUUUUGGCAUCUUUACGAUUGUAUUUGUACAGUCAAAUUUCCAUUGUGCUGAUGUGUAGCAGCUGAUAGGCGUUUCAGAAGCUUUUGAUGCAUCAUGUUUUUUUCUUUCUGUAAUGUUUUCUGCUGUCAAACAUUUUUAUUUCUGUUCUCGAUUAUAAUUUUGUUGAAA